GGAAAAUUUCACGCCCGAAGACUUUUGUCAGUGCUCUUGUAAUUAUCGGGAUAGCGUCCGUGUACAUCUUACAAAAUAAUAUUGCGUGUGCGCCAUUUAGGUUUUCCCGACAAAUAAAGACUGGCCAGGGUAGAGAAAAUGCAACCACAUGCCAACCAAAGACACACAUUUUCUUCUUAAAAACUCACAAAACAGCCAGCAGCACAAUCAUGAACAUACUGUUUCGCUUUGGGGAAUAUCGCAACCUAACAUUCGCCUUUCCCACCUACCAACAAGCACAGUUCUUCUACCCCUCAUAUUUCCAAUCUACGUAUGUGGAGGGUUUCUCAAAGGACAGCAAAAAGACAUUCCAUAUCAUGUGCCAUCACCUGAGGUUCCAGCUCUCUGAGGUGGAAAAGGUGAUGGACAAUCACACAUUCUACUUCACAAUUCUACGAAACCCAGUCUCUCUCAUGGAAUCAUCUUUUGCAUACUAUACAGCCAUGGAUAUAUUUUCAAAAGCCAGAAGCCUAGAAGACUUCAUUAACAACUCAUCUUACUUUUACAAAAGCACUAGUGAAAGCAGCCACUAUGCCAAGAACCUAAUGGUGUAUGAUCUAGGUUUUGACCACAAUGGUCCAGAAUCGGCAAAGCACUUUAAGAUUAUGCAACAAACAGUGGAGACAAUGUUUGAUCUAGUGCUGAUCUCAGAAUACUUUGAUGAAUCUUUAGUGCUCUUGAAGGAUGCCCUGUGCUGGACAUUUGAUGAUGUGCUUUCAUUUCCACUUAAUAGUAGGAAAAACACCACCAAGGUGGUCCUCUCUAGUGAAACUCAAGAAAAGAUCAAGAACUGGAACCAGUAUGACUGGCAGCUGUAUGUCUACUUCAACAGGUCUUUCUGGAACAGAGUGGAAACAUUUGGCAGGCAGAAGAUGCAGCAAGAGGUGGAGGAACUUCGGACGAGGAGAGAUCAAAUGUCUCAAGUUUGCUUGCAAGAUGAGGUUGAUCCUGACCAAAUGCGAGACAAAUCUCUGACACCUUUUCAGGCAGGAAGAGCUAGGAUUGUUGGAUACAAUUUGAACCCUAAUUUAAAUAAGACUUAUCAACAUUUGUGCCAAAGAUUGAUUACCCCAGAACUUCAAUUUAGUGAACUGUUGUAUAGGAAGCAGAUGAAUAAAACAUUGCUAAGCAGAAAUAAUAAUCCCCAUAAAAAUCGGAAGACUAAUUUUAAGUUAUCACAAAACAGACUGAAAAAAAUAUGAAAUAUUUAUAUUAUAUAGAAUGGCAUUCACCUGGAUAAAGGUACCUGGAGUACCCUGUGUGCUUGUUUUGUUUUCAAAGUGUGUGUAAAUAUGGUAAAGUAGAA